UUUGCCUUCUGGUAUCGACACAAUUAUCGUUAACUUAUUUACGUCCUAAUACAACGACAGCUUGAGCGUAACACCCGCCUGUACAAAGGACGUCAGAGAUAAAUUUGGACUAGAAUGUGUUAAUACACUGCGCCACUCAGAAUAAACGAAUCCUUAAACAAAACGUUUCGUUAUGUGGCUAAAGGAAGAGCUUACACUCUCAUAACCAGUUUUCUCCGAGACCUAUAAUAGACUGUAGACAUGAGGCUCCACUGGAUCGUGUUUAUAUCAGACAUCUCUCAAGAUGCCAUCGUUGCGUCCUACCUAAAGGACAUACGUGAGUGCUGAUGUAUUACAUCCUAUUGCAGCAAUCUCGCACAUAUAUCGUAAUAAAUAAAUUUCCUUUUGCUGCUUGCGGUACCGUGGAAGUAGAUGUGGCCGGUCUGCCGUCGUUGGCCUCGUUGAUAUUCUGUCAGAUGUCUUAUCUGUCUCAUUUACUUUUUUUUUCUUUUUUUUUGUUGCCGGCUGAGCUGUUGCUCACCAACCAACUCCUACGCCACUUCGCGGCAGUGGUUAACCUCCGUCGUCGGCAACUCCAAAAGCGGAAAAUAUGUUUCGUCACUCUUAUUGGAAACAAAGCUAACAUAGUCAAUUAGUUACUACGAACAGCAAAGAAUACCCGAUUAAGUCGAAAAUUACCAAUCGCCGUUAAGCAUCAACUUUUAGCUUCCCCAUUAGCCUCUAAUAAAACGCACGAAAAACUAGAGAAGCAAAAAAUACUCUUCGUCGCGGCAAACCCACUCUGUACGUCGCUCCGGUCAGCAAUCAGUAGACCACGAUCAAAUCGCGGCACGAGACGGUGACCUCGUGUUCUUUACCAUCCCCUACUGCUGUUGUUUAGCUUUCAUCUUUAAAUGGCGGUUCGUUUUCCCAGUGUCGAAGCUGCUGCGACGAUAACAACAAAUGAUUUUCUGACUUCCGCUGCUUUAUCUGCUUCAUAGUGGCUAUAAGUCAGUAUCUCGUGGAUAGAUGCAGUGACGUGCUUCGCCGCGCUCGCGUCAGGCGAUUACAACGACAACGGUACGUCGACGAUCUCCGGUUGCACUGCAGGCGGCAGGCAUCGGGCCGUUUUCGGAUGUCCAUGGCGCUGUUGUUUAACGAAGAGCCUCGGUCAGCCUCUAUCUCAGAUACACCACGAUGAUGACAAACUUCGUCAUCGUCGUUUUCGUGUCUGCGCGCCCGACUCAAGUAGUCUCUUGUCGGCCUUCGCCUCCUCCUGAAUUGUAGCGAUUCGUAGAACUCUGUCGUUCGUCAGGCCGACGUUAGCUAGAUAGCCACUGUGGAUGAUGACAAAUAGCACGCAGCUGCGUCUACGUCGACGUUUUCUUCGAUUCUUGCCGCGCUUGGCUCGGUGCAGCUUGAGUCAGUGCAGUCAGCUGCGCCGGCCGCCAAGGAAAACCCACUUCCUCCGACUGGUAUAUUCAACUCCAGGGCACUAACGUCGCCAACGCCAGCGCCACCAUUACCAGUAUCACUUUAAAGCCUGCAACCGAACUUCUACAACUCAUCACUGCUGCUCACUCAUUACGGCAACGUAGUCGAUGCAGACGCCAUCUUGCCGGCGCGUUUGCUUCUGCGGCCAAACAACGAGGCAGUUCAUGUCGCCAACCAGCGAACCUCUUCCUUCGAUUCUCUUGCUCUCCCUUGCUCGUCUUCGCCUGGAUCACCAUUUUCUUCUUUUUUUUCGACCUGUUCAUCGCUGCUGAAGAAUGAAGAGAACCAGAAGGGAAACCAGUCGUCAUGAGGAACAGUCGACAGAUACGAACAGGCAGGAACGAGCCUUGCCAGAAUGUCUCUAUAACGAAGGGAGUCGGAUAAAGCUGCACCCGCUAUCACUGCUAAAAGCUACGUUUUACUUCUGCCGAUUGAUCGUUAAUGGCUGCCUUAAAAUACUUCUCUACUACUACCACCUUCUUGAACGCUUUGCCAUCUAGAACUUUCUGACUGAAGGAAGCAAGAAAUCAUGGGAAUGGAUGAAGAGUAUCUCACUAAGCCGCUACCAACAACUACGUCAACAUUAAUUUACGCGGUGCUUGUAUUUAUGUCGUAUUGUUACGUAUUUGUUUUUUCGCCAUGAUUGACGAAGUUUGUUAAGAAAACGGCCGUAUUCCGGUGUAGAAAUAAGAGCAUCAGUGUAUGUUGGGGAGGGGGGGACAUAUGCAUGAAUAAACACAUUUACUGUGUAUGUGAUAUGUAUAUGUUAGAGAAAUCAGUCCUGCAGAGCCAGCACUCUUGCGGGACGCUGCGCCAUGGUGUGCUAUGGAUUUCUUGCUUGAUUUCUCCAGCUGUCUGUCAAUCAGAGGCGUCCGCGUCUCCACAAAAUAUCGAGAGGGGCACACACACACAGACGAUGAAUGGUGCACGUUGAAGGUACGUGCAAUCUUUAUCAGCUACAGCUGUGAGUGGAUGUAGAUCUGAUGGAUGUGUGCGGCGCCUGAACUCUUAUGAGUGCAGCUGGAUAGAUAACCGGCUAAGAGAUAAAGAACAAAAGAGAGCUAUUGAACGCUUUGCAUAAAAGAAGACAAAAAAUACGACGACGAUGAAAGGGAACUACACAAGAUUGAGAGAUCGAUUACGUCUACGGUCAGCGACUCAUUCUAGCUGAAAGCAAACAGAACGGAGAGAAAGAGUUGAGCGCUGAGUUUUGCUAUUGGCACUGGCUGGCGGUGACAGAGCAAAAUGAAUGGCUGAUUGGUCGGCCGCUGCUGUUCCCGUACGCCUCCGGUAACAAUGGCGCAAAGUUGAGAUGCAUCAAUACGACACGACGGUGGGCCAGCGUCGACAGCGCCCGCGGGCGUGCGUAAGCACAGCACUGCAGCUACUAUCUAUUCGUGUGAAUGCGAGUGCGUAUGUUGGAGCUUGUUGAAAAAAACGUCGAUAUAUCCGUCACCGAUUGAUUCAUUGGUUUGGCGCUCGGAUGAUGGCUUUUUAGCUAUGAUUCAGUCAUGUCCUCUGAUGAUGACCGGUUCGUUUUUAACCAGCAAACAACAGACGAAAACACCGAAAGUGGUACAGUAGAUCUCAUCUAGCAACACUGAAAGCGAUCUAGGUCGACAUUGUGACUCUUUACUAGCAGCGCGUACACCAUCAAUACAAGUGGAGUAGUUUUGGAAUCCAAUUUGGUCUUUUCUCUUUGAUUUUAUGUGAGCUUUAUUAGUGGUACUUUGGAAGGAAGCAAUCGCAAUGCUUGCGCGGUUCUAUCCUAUGUGGAUACACGCCGCUUCAUCAAGCGGUAAUGGAUGGCCAUGUGGAGGUGUUACGGCUUCUUGCGAAACAUGGAGGGGCACUGAACAUGCAGGAGCGUUUGUCUGGAAACACAGCUCUACACGAAGCUGCCUGGAGAGGUUUCAGUAAAAGUGUUGAAGUGCUAGCGAAAGCUCACGCAAAUCUCUAUGUCAAAAAUAAGUCAGGAUUUACAGCGUUACAUCUCGCGGCACAGAACGGCCAUAAUCAGAGCAGUCGUGUCCUGCUCAUGGAAGGCUGUGGACCAGACGUCAAAAACAAUUAUGGUGACACGCCACUGCAUACAGCCACGCGGUAUGGACACGCUGGAGUUGUUCGUAUCCUCGUCUCUGCCUUUUGCAACGUGCAAGAAACUAACCGAAAUGGUGACACAGCGUUACAUAUAUCUGUUGCAAUGCGCAAAAGAAAGUUGACGAAGAUUUUACUCGAGGCUGGAGCCGCGGUUCACGCCAAGAAUGAGCAGGGUGAAUCCGCAUUAGACAUAGCGCGACGAAAGCAAUUUCCCGAACUGGAGGAGAUGCUUCUAGAUCCACCGAAACGAGCACUCGCGGCUAUCGAAACACUAGAUCGAGAUGAGCGGGACGGCAAAGGACGAAAGCGGGAAAAGGAUCCGAACACUUCUACAAGUAGUGGGAAACCAGGAGGCAACAACUGCGCGAGUAGGCGCAAAAAGAAGACGAAGACGAAAAACGACUCAGGAGGUAUGAUGCAACGUUCCAGGAGUUUACCGCAUGCCAUUCCUGUAGGACCGUAUGGCUGCCCGCAUUCUCCGCACAACAUGGCAGGCUUCCCCACCCCGAAGAUUGAGACGUUGCCGCCUGACCCUUUAGCCAAAGGGGAGCAGUACUAUCUUGAUUUGGCAGGAAAUAUACGUAAAGGGCCUGUCGGUCGAGGGUAUAGCUGUUAUUGCGUACCAUUCUUCAAAAACUUUGAGAAAAAGUUAGAGGCUGACAAACAAGAGCUCAAUGAUAAAAUUGGGGAGUCAAAACAAGAUCUUGAGAAAAAGCUUCGAACACUGGAGAGAAAUACGAUUACACAACUUCAAUCGCUAGACCUGAUGCCAAGAGACGCCAAUGGAAAUCACCCAGGCAAUGAAGACGAAGAAGGCGAUGACAAUGAAGAUGUUGAUCAUUCCCUCGAGGCUUUCGCCGAAUCGAAAAUAGGACGGAGAACAAGUCCAUUGGGACGAAGUUCAUCCCCAGCACCGAUACAACAAGGGGAGAACUCGAGUAUUGUUGGCGAAUCCCGGUGGUCAAAACUAAUGGAAUGUCGAGCUAGUCUUGGUCUUAAGCUCGAUGAAUCUUCUGGCGAAUCAUCUGGUGAGGAAGAGGGCGACGCAGAGCGGCGGCCUGGAAGUCUCGACCCGGCUUCUGUACAACCAAUGCCAGUCCUUCUUCAUCGGACACGACCUUUGUCGUCCAGCUACCUUCAUUUGCCAAACGCUAAUCUCAACGAAGUUGGUCUUCCGCCUCCAAGCAGUGUUGAUGUAUCCGCACGAACCCUAAGUCGAUUGGAUCGGCGUCCUAUGUUAUCAUCCUUCGGCACGCGCGAACCGGCCACCGCCGGCCGAAGUCCUUCGCUUUUAGAAAACAGUGGUACACCAUUGCCAUCAAUAAUCGGCAUGAAUAUAUCUUCGGAUGAUCCAGGCGUCAAAAAACCUUUUUGCAGGCCGCCACGUCCACCCUCUUACCAAACACAUAUGGAACGGGUAUUCCGUCCAGGUCAGCCAACCACUCAACCGCUUCCCACAACCUUUAGCUCUCAGCCGCGUCCGGCGUCAACAUCACCGAAAGGUCCCGCUUCGACUCAAACGACUUCGCCUAGCCAGGACACUGUUGUUUCACCCCAUAGUGCUAUCUAUAACGGAGUGUCAAUGCCUAGUUAUGGAACCGUACCGAGUACCCUCGUGCAUAAACAAUUUGUGGAAGAUCUCAGUAAUCCCACUGAGAUUAGAACCUCAAUGCAGAACCUAACCGCGUACGUGCCUAGUGGAUUGCCCCAACACCGAUUCAGUUACACAGGCAAUCCUGUGACGCCGAAUCCCUCGUUAAACCUCAGUUCUCAAAGCAGCACAAAUCUUGAUGCAAGUUCCCAAACGCUCAGUGGCAACAACGUUGCGAAUGACAAAACUCCAGAAAAUCAUUCAGUUGUGAGCAGUCCACGAACGCAAAGGUACAUUAUGUCUAGCGAGGUGUAAGCAAGGGCAUGUCGAUCUCCCACCCCGCUUCCUCUUUGCUGCCAGAACAAAGAAACCUAACCAUUUACGUAUUUGCGACGACGAACCAUACAUAUAUACGUUCAGACUGAACUCCCAAUACAAAACAACGUUGGUCUGAAUCGGUGGUUAUUUUACAGAGCUCAAUUCGCACGAUUACGUCGCUGCGAAUAAUAAUACUACUCAGGUGUCGUCGCACUUUUCGUCAACCUUCGUCUGUUAAUGCCAUCUCGCCAAUAUCAUGGAACAUCUUCAUCAUUGCUUUCAUAAACUUCUUCAGCAUCAUGUCAAUCCCCAACAUUGGGGGCAUACCACAUUGUGAAUCAAUGAGCAUUCACUCAACCACGCAUGGAGUCAGCCAUACUUCUUUAAUAGGAGUAUAUAGAGGAUGAUCUCCGGGAAACGAUGAUAAUAAUUCUGAGCGCGUUGAGAUGCGGAUUGAGGUUCUGCCACUCUUCUAGCAUCCCAGGAUCUAGUCAGUUGUUUUUGGUGCUCUAAUCUUCAUGCUGAUGGGGAAGAAGAAUAAACGCUUCGAAACAAUGAUUUCUGGGACAGCGAGGCGUACGCCAACGGGAAUUCUGUCACAAUGUGCCGUAAACAAAGAAAAAGUAUGUGUUUGUUUAAGUGUUGCGAAAUGAGUGAAUCCUUUCACGCAGCUGGGAUAUAUCAUCAAAAAAGCCAUGGGAGCGGACAGCGGCCAAGCGCGGACUAGACUCUGAUCUAGACCUCAGCUUGACUAUGGGCAAAAAGGCGUAACUACGUAUGUGGACUGCAUAGAUCACCAAAAUGUAAUUCAAGGAAGAGGACAGUAUCUUUCACCAUACAUUGUCAUAGUUCAAAUGUAAAGAUUUAUAAUACAAGCCAUAAGAAUGUUUCGAGUGUCGUCGAUUUCGAAAAAAAACCCAAUAUAUAUAUAUAUAUAUAUAUAUAUAUAUGGGUUCAACGGU